AUGGGGUUUUCUCAAAAAUGGGUGUGUGGUUUGGCCCUUCUCAUGAUCUUGGUGUUGAAUUUGAGUGGAGAGAUUCUUGGUGAUGAAAGAGUUGACAAGGAGGGUUGGAGAGAGGACGAUUGCAGGUAUAGCCGGCGCGGCUGCUACGGCCGUGGGAGGGGCGGAGGUUAUGGUGGGGGACGUGGAGGAGGCGGAGGCCUUGGUGGUGGACGUGGUGGUAGUGCAGGAGGAGGCGGAGGCCUUGGUGGUGGAGGUGGAGGUGGACUAGGUGGUGGUGGUGGAGUUGGAGGGGGUGGUGGACUUGGUGGAGGAGGAGGAGGAGGAGGAGUAGGGGGAGGUUCCGGGAGUGGAGGAGGAUUUGGAGCUGGAGGUGGGGUUGGUGGGGGUGCCGGUGGAGGAGGAGGUCUUGGAGGGGGUGGAGGAGGAGGACAAGGUGGUGGAGGCGGGAUCGGGGGUGGUUCUGGCUCGGGUGGAGGGUUUGGAGCGGGAGGUGGUGUUGGAGGCGGAGCGGGUGGAGGUGGAGGUCUUGGAGGGGGUGGAGGAGGAGGACAAGGUGGAGUAGGUGGAGGAGGUGGUGGUGGGGGUGGAGGCGGAGGUGGAGGAGGUGGUUUAGGGGGAGGAUCUGGCCAUGGUAGUGGAUUUGGUGCCGGUGGAGGUGUUGGUGCCGGAGGUGUUGGCGGUGGUGGAGGUGGAGGCGGAGGAGGUGGUGGCGGUGGAGGAGGAGGUUUAGGUGGUGGUUCGGGGCAUGGUGGUGGGUUCGGUGGUGGUGCUGGUGGAGGAUUAGGAGGCGGAGCUGGUGGUGGCCUAGGAGGUGGAGCUGGCGGAGGGCGCGGUGGAGGAGUUGGUGUAGGUAUCGGCAUUGGGAUUGGCGUGGGAGUAGGUGGUGGUUCCGGCUCAGGCACCGGCGUUGGGGUAGGCAGCGGCUCCGGCGGUGGAGGUGGCCGAUGA